GAGGCCCGAGCGCCGGCGCCGUAACCAGCGCCUUCCCGGAAGAACUCCGAGGCUGGCUCCCGGAGUGAGGUCCGACUGCGGGGGGUGCCCUGACCAUGCGACGGCCUCGCAGGGCAAGCACCUUCAGCUUUUGCACCCAGCCAGAUGAUUUGCCUUCGGGCUUGGGGCCUUCAGAACACUUCACUGGACCUCUGUCUGUACUGGCCCAGUCUCUUUAGCCAAGCAGAAAGCUUAUAACACUGCUUUGAUUAAAGAUGACGUCCUUGUUUGUUCAAGAAAUUCGCCUUUCUAAAAGACAUGAAGAAAUAGUAUCUCAAAGAUUAAUGUUACUUCAACAAAUGAAGAAUAAACUUGGAGAUCAAAACACAGAAAAGGCAUCUCAGCUGCAAGCAGCUGAGAGUGCUUUUAAAAGGAACCUUAGUCUUUUAAAGGAUAUAGAAGCAGCAGAAAAGUCUCUAGAGACCAGGAUUCACCCAAUUCCACAGCCUGAGGUGGUUUCUCUUGAGACUCGUUACUGGGCAUCAGUAGAAGAACAUAUUCCCAAAUGGGAACAGUUUCUUUUAGGAAGAGCACCAUAUCCUAUUGAUGCCGAAAAUCAAAAUGAAGCAGAAAAAAGCAUUCAAAAUGAGGCACAGUGAUAACUUCUUCACAUGCUACUUCGAAAAACUUGCUUAAUAAAGCUUAAUAUUAAAGACUAUGUAGGUGACUGCAGGGACUUUAGGAACUGAGUAUGUUCAUGUUGUUCCAUUAUCUCCUAAAUGGCAGUGAAGAUAUGAGAAUCUACUGGGAAGUCUCAGGCUAUCACCUAUGACUAUUUCAAGGUCAUGAAUUUCUUUUCUACCAAACCCAUGGACAUGUUCAAAACUAAUAUUAAAAGGUGGCCAGUUUAUUAA